AUGUUGCGAUCGAUCGUCAAAGGGUUUUUGAAUAGCGGCCGAAGCGUUUCGAGAACAGCAGCAAAUUAUUCAGAUACCGUGGCUUCGGGGUCUGUGGUUGAACAAAGUGAUGUUGAUGAGCCAGUCGAGCUAAAAUCGAAUCCCUACGACAAACCAGCGAGGAAAUGUUUGCUUUGUCGAACUGGAAUUGAUCUCGAUUAUAAGAAUGCUCGUUUAUUGCAGCAAUUUGUCUCGAAUUUCUCUGGAAGAGUCUACGACCAACACGUGACUGGUCUAUGCGAUAUGCAACAGAAAAAGCUCUUGCAAACGAUAUCAACUUCAAGAAAAGCUGGAUACAUGCCAAUUUUGGUGAAAGAUCCGAAAUAUCUGAAGGACCCAAAGCUCUUCGAUCCGCUCAAACCAUUAAGGCCUCAUUCGUUUGCG